AUGGCUCACCGAGGCUUUGAUGAUGAGGAACUAACCAUUUCGCUCUCAUCAACGCACGUUCGCCGACAGCAGCAACCGCAGCACCCACCCCACCACCGUCAUGAUGCCGACCGGCCGCCCAAGCCGGCGUCCCAAACCGUCGGCGCUCCCCCAAAGGAAAAGACAAAGACGGAGCAGCGUAUUGGUGCCUACAAGGUGAUUCGCACACUGGGUGAAGGCUCGUUUGGUAAGGUCAGACUAGCCACCCACAUCGGCACCGGCCAGCAGGUCGCUCUCAAGAUUAUCGCCCGCAAGAAGCUCAUCAGCCGUGACAUGGUUGGCCGCGUUGAGCGAGAGAUUGAGUACCUGCAGCUGCUGCGACACCCUCAUAUCAUCAAACUAUACACCGUCAUCAAGACACAGACCGAAAUCAUCAUGGUCCUCGAAUACGCCGGCGGAGAACUGUUCGACUACAUUGUACAAAAUGGCCGCAUGAAGGAGCCCGAAGCUCGACGCUUCUUUCAGCAAAUGCUCUGCGCUGUCGAGUACUGCCAUCGCCACAAGAUUGUUCACCGCGAUCUUAAGCCCGAAAAUCUGCUUCUCGACGAGAACCUCAAUGUCAAGAUUGCUGAUUUCGGUCUAAGCAACAUUAUGACGGACGGAAACUUUCUCAAGACAUCCUGUGGCAGUCCCAACUAUGCAGCCCCAGAGGUUAUUGGCGGAAAGCUGUAUGCUGGCCCGGAAGUUGACGUCUGGAGCUGUGGAGUAAUCCUCUACGUCUUGCUUGUCGGACGUCUGCCCUUUGAUGACGAGCACAUCCCCAGUCUCUUUGCCAAGAUUGCAAGAGGAACAUAUAGUAUGCCCCAGUGGAUGCCAAGCGGCGCCGCUAAUCUCAUCAAGAAAAUGCUCGUCGUCAAUCCAGUUCAGCGUGCCACGAUCGAGGAUAUCCGCCAGGACCCAUGGUUCAUGACCGAACUCCCCGCUUACCUGCAGCCUCCCGUCGAGGAGUUUCUCAACACAGGUGUGGAUCCUAACAGAGCUAUUGAGAAGAGUGACAUUGCUCCCAAUGCCUCUGUCAAGGUCCAAGAACGCCUGCAUAACGAGGUUACCGACAAGAUCAGCAAGACAAUGGGCUACGGAAAGACGGAUGUCGAAGAGGCUCUCCAAUCAGAGGAACCUUCCGCCAUCAAGGAUGCAUACAUGAUUGUCCGCGAAAACAAAAUGAUGCAAGUUAACCAGCUUGUCGAAGCUGUUGCCACCGAGACCGAAGAAGGAAGCCCUGUGAUGAGCAUGUCUUCGGCACGUUCGGGAGUUCCGCCGCCGCCGCGCCCAUAUGUUAGCAAAGUUGGUAUCCUGCCUUCAAGUAUAGGCACGUAUCACAAAGACUACAUUGAGCGUGCCAAGUCGGGUGUAGAAGGCACAUUGCCCGAUGAGACGGCCAUUAACGAUGAGCCGACGUCGGCUCGCACUGAUGCUGAAAGGGAAGAGGCUUCCCGACGUCUCAAGCCCCACUCGCGCUCACAAAAGCAGCUAGAGGAGGGCUUGAAGAGACCACAGGGCAUGACACCGAUUAAUCCGCCGAAGAAGACCAAGCCCGUUCGCUGGCAAUUCGGUAUCCGAUCGCGCAAUGCUCCAUGGGAGGCACUGCUGUGCAUCCACAAGGCGCUGUAUAAGCUCGGCGCCGCUUAUAUUCCAGACGAAGACUAUGCGAGAUUGCGGCAACACGAUGGAGAGACGCCAGUUGAGGAGGAGCCACAAGAACCUUUGGAUGGGAAGGACCCCACGCAACAGUACAAGCUCCCCGCGGACCCUUGGCACAUUCGUGUGCGCUGGGAGACUAAGAUUAUGCGCAGCACAAACGCGAGCACACCGACAGAGACCGAAGCCGGCCAGGAGACCAAGAUACCCGACACAUACCAAGUGCUGGAGGGCAAGGCCGCGCAGACGCGGGACUUUGUCGCGCUGCACCUGGGCAUCCAAAUCUACGAAAUGGAGCAGGGCGUGUAUCUAGUGGAUUUCAAGUGCUCGGGGUACGAGACGGCGGAUGGUAAGUUGCUGGAGGAGAAGGAGGUGAUGAGCCCUUUUCCGUUCCUAGACAUGGCGGCGCGUCUCAUCAUGCAGCUUGCUGAAGCUGAUUGA